UCUCAUUAAACACACUCCAAAAUAGUGUGCGUGUAAUCCGUCCCUCUUCUCGAGCUUUUUUCCCUUUUGCGUUAAUCACACCCCCUUAGUCACCUCCUAUCAAACUCUAAUCCUUUAAGUGUGAUAUGAAACGAGGUUCAUCACGCGGAAGCUCGGAAAGCAAGAACAGAGGUAAUGGGGUCACUGCUUUGAGGAAGUGCGCAUACACGAAGCAGAACGGUACAGAACAAAUGAAAGUUGCAAUCCACGGAAAAGGAAGCCAUUCAGUGCUCGAUUCAAACUUGACCAUGUUAUCAGAAACAAAUCAACAGUAAAGUAGAAGAAAGAUAAGAAAGUGAUUUUCAUGUUGGCAAAAGCAAGAAACCGUCAUCCAAUAAUGGCAUUGGAUUUUUCUCCAGUUUGUGGUCAUGACUUAAUUCUUUUGCUACCAGCCUACCACUGUGCCUUAAUAAUGCAGAAAACAACACUUGGUUUCAGGUCUCGAACUAACAUCCUUUUUCUUACAAUAAUGCACCUUUUGUUUC